GUUGUCUCUUCCUCCUUUUUCUUCCCCAGGACUGCCUGAUCUCGUCGCUCUCCUUAGUCACUUCUGUGCCUGCUUCCAACGUCUGGCCUCGGGCUCAACGCUUGUCAAGAUACUCCCGUUCCUUCUCGGCUGGAUUCGACUAGAUUGUCUUACAAAUUCCAAAGACAACCCUCGACUCUACUAGUCCCUGAUCCGGAAUAGCACCGUUGGCUCCAGAUCACUUCCCCUCGAUACUCUACCCUUAUAUAUAUACAUUUUUCGUUCGGUGAAACCCAAUCGCUCUUUUUAUAUCAUGUCCGCCGACAAAUUGCUGUAUCAGAUGGAUCUCUCGUCGCACCAGAACGAAUGGUACGACUUUGACAACUUUUUCGAGUUCCCGUCCGGUGAUCUCGAUAGUAAUUCCACCUCCGUCGACUCGGUCUCCCCCAAGGACUUCGAGCUGGGUUACUCCGAGGCGGAUGCAACCAAUUGGAACUCCAACCUCGGCGCCUGCUCCCAGGCGCCAUUCCCGGAGUUGGUUGAUUACGAGAACCCAUUCGGAGAGUACACCCUCGGCACCGAACCCAUUGCGAACCCUAACGAGAUCCUGCAACUGCCCUCGUCAUCAGAGGCCGAAGGGCUCGUGGGAUCAACCUACGAUUCCACGUGGUCGCCUGAUUUCCCAGGCCACGAUGAGCAGUUCUACUCGACCAUUCGCCAGAUGGUAGAGUCCCAGGCCGCGACGGAUGCGGGCUACUCCUCCAAAAAGGAGAAGCGCAUAGAGGCAUCCAUAGCGCUGCAUAUGCAGCGUCUUCAAGAUGUGUCUCUGCCCGACCUAGAUCUAUUCUCGGACUCGAACACGUCAUUCCCUUCUCCAUGCUGGUCGGAGACUGCUCGACCAAAUGCUUCUGUUGACGGGAGCCCGGCGACCACCCUCCUGUCCGAGCCGACCAGCAAAUCCCCUACACCUCCCUCGACAUCAGAUGCCGCCGCUGGAGGGAUGGAGCUUGUAUUGGACUUGAAUAUGAACACAGCGGCAAACGUUCCUAAGAAGCAAAAGCCUCGGUCGCGGGCCCAGAAAGAGAACUACAUCAAGGCGCGGAAGUAUGGCGCUUGCGAGAAGCAUAGAAAACAACACAAAAGAUGCAACUGCCUUGAAGUCAAUAUUUCCCGUGUCGAUAUGGCUGGGUCACUUCUUUCUACUACACCUGAAGUGCUUCGACCGGCCAAGUACGCUCAACAGCUUCACGUUCGCGGCCAGGACCACGACAGACUUGUUCUGCAAACGAGAAUGAGGCAGAGCAACACUCAACAGAGUGUACAGUCGGCAUCUCUCGUGGAUCGCAAUGAUCCUAGCCCCGUCGUCUCGUCACCGGAAUCUAGCACCACGAGACACUCGCCAUGCCAUGCACAGCGCCCUGUUAGCUCUUCCGACCUAGGAAGAACGCUGCAGGUACGGUCGCCCGUCCUGGAAAUUAUACCCAGGCGCAACGUUGGACAUGUCUCGUCGACGGGACUACCGGCAACCCAAACGGUACAAGAAUCACCCACGGCAAGCUUCAGCCAGCACACGAGCCGGAUCCGACGACUUGCCAACCGCGGGUCUCCCGAGUUAGGCGCGGUUAUACAUGGACACGACCACGACCAGCUUCUCAGCCAAGGACUCCUGCAGAGAUGGCGUACACGACCAACAACCAGAACGGGCCAAGAGUCGGUGCAACCACAGACUGUACAGCACACGCCAGGUUCGAGAGUUUCGAGCAACGAUGGACUGGCUGUUCAAUGGCGUCUGCCCGUCCUAUCUGUCUGCGCGGGACUAUACAACACCGUCCUUGCAUUCUCCCAGUUCUGGCAAAAGUCGGCAUCGGUCACCUCAUGGGCAGGAAAUCUUCUCGAAAGAUUUCUUGUCGUCUCUUCCAAGCAAUUUUGGCAUGUACGGAAGGGAUGGGGACUGAAUUAGCCCGGCGUUCUGGUCUGAGUUUAGGUCUAGUGUAUUUGAGCGUGCUCUCUGCUGUGUUCAUGGCUGUUUGAUUUGUCCUGUUAUUUAG